UCAUGCAACACAUUGCGUAAAUAUUGCAAAGUUUUAUUGAUUAUACAUAACAAAUCGAUUUACUAUAUAGCAGUUAAUUUGUGUGUUGUUCCUUUGUUCCUUGUUGCAACUAUUUACAAUGUACAUCUACGAGCCGCCAACUAAAAACUCGUUUACCACUGUGGAAGAAUUCCAAGAAGCCUUCAAUCUCUUCGACAAUCGUGGUGAUGGCAAAAUUCAAUUGAGUCAAGUGGGUGAGUGCUUGCGUGCGCUCGGUCAAAACCCCACCGAAUCGGAUGUGAAGAAGUGCACACAUCAAUUGAAGCCGGAUGAACGCAUUAGCUUCGAAGUUUUCCUACCCAUCUACCAAGCGAUUUCGAAGGCGCGUUCUGGUGACACUGCCGACGAUUUCAUCGAAGGUCUGCGCCAUUUCGAUAAGGAUGCUAGCGGUUUCAUUUCAUCAGCUGAAUUGCGACAUUUACUAACCACUUUGGGUGAAAAACUGACCGAUGAAGAGGUCGAGCAACUAAUGACCAACCAAGAAGAUACACAGGGCAAUGUGAAUUAUGAAGAGUUUGUGCGUAUGGUCAUGAAUGGUUAGGUGAAAGUGCCGUUGAUAUAUGUAAUAGUGGCCUGCAUUUAAGUAAUUAAAAGUAAUAUAUAUAUUGAAAACAUUUAUAAUUCCCUUUACAAGCCUACCUGUUUCCAUAACAAUUAAUGCGAAUUGCUUAUUAACAAAGAAGUUAAAAACAAAAGUAAAAUAAAAUUAAAAAGUAAAUAUUUAUAUCAAACCAUAAGUAUUCCACAAGUAUAUGAACAUAUGUUGCCAAUUCGAGAAUUUUUACUGAAUUACCAUUUAUAUAUGUAUAUUCAUGUACUAUAUUUAAUUGUAUUGUUAUAGAUGCGCAAUGUAUGUAGCUCUUUAAUAUGUUCGAACUUGCUUGCUACUUGAUCAAGGCAACAUUUGCAUAUCCCUCUAUAAAAAAGAAACGUACACCUAAAAUUGUAACGGCGUAUUAUUACUUAUGUAUGUUUAACAAUAAAAAAAACAUUAAACUAA